AUGACACAAAUUCAUGUUGUCUCGAAGCAAGACAUCUCUGAGCAUGCGACUUUCACACUCCCAGUCAGUGCCGAACUGGGAGAGCUAGGUCCAUCUUCCGUUCGCAUACGGCCUCAACUUGUCAGUCUGACAUCUAACAACCUGACAUACGCCACUUUGGGAACCCUCAUAAAAUGGUGGGACGCAUAUCCAGUACAGGAGAGCUGCCCAGCGCCCUACAAUGAUAGUUCUAAAUGGGGGAUUGCCCCUGCCUGGGGAUUUGCAAGCGUUGAGGAAACCAAUAUUCCCAAUUUGGCUCCUGAAACACUCUUAUUCGGAUUCUGGCCAACAUCUGCAGCACCGGUCGACUUGAAACUGGAACAGUCACCUCCGAAUGGCCAUUGGGUUGAAACUAGCGAGCAUCGUCAAACCCUGAUGCCUUUAUACAAUCGAUUUAUGGUAACACCUCUGUCAAUUCCAAUCCACACGCUCGCCGACCCCGGUGCCGUAUCUCCCGUUUCCGUGGAUGUAUUGGAUCGACUAGCCUGGUCUUCCGUAUUCCGUGCCAUAUGGCAGUGCGGCCAUCAUCUUAACGAGUACGUGUUUCCCACGAACUCCCAGAUACAAAAGGGCAUACAUCCCCUAGGUAGUCGGUUUAAUCUACCAUGGUCCGAAGAGGAUGGAGAUAUCUCCUCUGCGGUUGUGGUGAGCUUGGGUGCAUCGACAAAGACAGCUCGUACAUUUGCAUACUUUUUCGAGCGAAGAGAAGAAGCAGCGCCACUUGGAUUUUUACAGGUCACAUCUGCUGUUUCGGCUCUCGAAGAAGCUAGCAAGACUGCAAAGCCUUCCUUUUCAUCCAAAGCUGUUACCUACGCAGAUGUCACCUCUGGGGGAGUUGUUCAGUGGAUGAAGCAGGUCGAGCCAUCGAAGGUCAUUUUCUUGGAAUUUGGUGCUCGAGAAGACGUUUUGCCAAAGUUCCUUGACUCUUUCGAACAAAACGGAUUAGACUCCGUCAAGCCCGUCAUUAUCAAGAUUGGCAGUCCCCAGAAGGCUUUAACUGCAGAAGAAUUGGGCACAGCUAGCUCCGAGAUGACAAGACUCGGUAAGAUCCAAUGCAACACUUCCGGUAUGCAAGAUUCCGCUAUCGAUUCUCUCGGAGUAGAGACAUUCUUCCAGAUCAUCAGUGCCAGUUGGGAAGAACUGCUCAAUGAGCGCCAUAAAUGGGCUCCUGACAUGAAGAUUGUAUGGGGCCAUGGAAUUUCAGGUGACCGCGGAAUUGAAGGUGGUUGGACAAGACUGUGCAGGGGCGAGGUUGGUGCUGAAGAGGCCUUAGUCUACCGGCUUCAGAGCUCUGCCGGGCGUGAGAACCUACUGUAG